GCCACACACAGGGAGGGUCGACGCUCGGCCUCCCCCGUUCACACUCACACUCCAGCCAGCUUGGUCUCUCCACGCUCCACACCGACCUCGCCGGCGGCGGCGAUCGAUGGCCGGGGUCAACCCAGCACCAGCAGGCUGGAGCGGCGGCGACGGCGACGGCCACUGCGAGGACUGCGCCGGCGGCGACGGGAAGCAGUUCGUCAUCGUCGCCUCAGAGGGCUUCCGCGACCACGCGUCCAUACCGCCAGAGGUUGGGAGCCAUCUCAGGAAUAUGAUUCGUGAUAUAGAGCAUGUCAAGCUUGAAGCUCCUGAUGGCCGGACGUACGAUGUUAAGAUUAUGAUGUUCUAUAAGAUGUUUCUCUUUACAUCUGGAGAAACAUCUGGAUGGCAAGAGUUUGUAGAUGCAAAUGAAAUUCAAGAAGGUCACUCGAUUGUGUUUGUGUAUCGUGGGAACUCCACCUUCAGAGUUAAUAUAUCCAAUAUAUCUGGCCAUGAGAAUCCUUCUUCCUUCUCUGAACCACCUCCCAAGAUCUUCGGAGCCGUUCCUCCUCCCCGCACUUCUUGUGUGUUAGAGUCUAGUCUGCGCUAA